AUGACCGCCCCUCGAGCCUAUUCCGAGCAGGCCAUUCGCGACCUCGCCGUGCCACCUGCUCCCAACACCCCUCAGGGUGUCCCCGUCCCCGGUACCGAGACGGAAAAUCGUACUGCCAUCUACAGAAACUUCCGCUUCCGCGAUGGCCUUCUGACCACCUUCGACCCUGCGGUCCAGAGCACCUACGACCUCUUCGAGCAGGCUGCCAAGAAGUUCACCAACUCAAAGUGUCUUGGUACCCGGCCCUGGAACGCCCAGACCAAGACGUGGGAGAACAAAUAUGUCUGGCAAACCUAUGGCGAGGUCUCGAAGCGGUACAAGGCCCUCGGCGCUGGUCUCGUCGAGGUCCACAAGCAGGCCGGUAUCACCGCAGAAAAGUGCGGUGUUGGUCUGUGGGCCCAGAACCGCGCCGAAUGGCAAAUCGCUGAUCUCGCUAUUGUCUCGCAAUCUCUAUUCACGGUUUCGCUCUACGAGACCCUCGGACCCGAUACUACCGAGUACAUCGUGAACCACGCCGAGCUUGCUUCCGUAUUCUGUUCCUGCCUCACGUCCCUACUCUCCUCAAACUCGCCCCCGUCUCCCUACGCUCAAGGCCAUCAUCUGCCUCGACCCCUGGAUGCCGGUGAGGAAUCUGGCUACACCAAGCUCGAGGUACUGAACGCCAUUGCUGCCCAGAAUGGCAUCAAGAUCUACUCCAUGGCCCAGGUUGAGGCUAUCGGCGUUAGCUCCGGGCGUCAGCCCGUGCCUCCUCGCCGCGAGGACAUCACCACCAUCAACUACACCUCCGGUACCACCGGCAUGCCCAAGGGUGUCGUUCUCACCCACGGCUCUGCGGUCGCCGCUAUCACCAGCGCUCGAUCCGGAGGAACCGUCGGUUACAACGAUGUCCACAUUUCAUACCUCCCCUCGCCCACAUCUACGGCAGAUUGGUCGAUAUGA